AUGAGGAAGGCGACGGGAUCGAAGCCCCGGGCUGCGAACGGCGCUCUGAAAAUCCGCUACUCGGAUCGGCCUAGGAGUCCGCGUCGGUUUGCUAUUCAUGCUGUCCGCCUCCCUCUCAUCCAUCCCGUCCAAAUCCAAGCUCGGAUCUGGCCGGGUCCUCCGCCAGUGGACUCAGAUAUGCUGGCGGGGGCGUCAGUUGUGAGGAUAGGCGGGCUUUCGGCGUUUUCGCGCUUUACCCGUUUACCGCCCGUGCCAGCUGGAUCGUUCGACAUGCCAACGGACCCACUUGGCUUGCCGUUCUCCCUCCUGCCAGGGCUGCAGAGCGUAGCGCCGGUUGACAAGGUAGCCAGUGAGCAACGAUCGAUCGCAGACGAUAACUCUGACGUCGAGCUUAUUGUCCGCGUCCAGCGUCGUCCAUCGCCCGCUCAACCCUAA